AAACAGAAUUUGUGGAAGUCUGGAAGAUACUUCCAGAAGCCGUUCGAACUUGGAAGCAAACUAGCAGACCAUGAUCAAAUACAAAAGAGAUAGAAAAAGGUCUCACCCAUUUUCCUUUCGACAAAGCUAAAAGAGAGAUCGAAAUCGAUGUCAGGUGAUAACAAACCAACAACAAUCAAGCUUUUCUGUCCUUCAGUAUCGAAGCUGGUUCCAUUCGUGGCAUGGGAUGGCCAGAAACUUGACCUUGGGUCGAUAGCUCGAGCAUUCGGACUCGACCCAUCGACAGUUAAGCUUAAUGGGCACUUUAUAAGCAGAGGGGUGGAUCUCGUUUCGUCGUCUGUCACGUGGAGGUCACUGCUUUCUUUCUUCUCUUCUAAAGGUUUGUCUACUGGGACUGAUGAUAAGAGCGCUCUCAUUGUUGAUGGCAAGCUUUUCAAAGUUGGGACUAAGAGAGCACAUGAACCUCAAUAUGGUGUUAAUGGGAAUCAAGACAUAGCUGGAAAGCCUGGAAUAAGGGAGGUUGGAAUUACCACAAAGCUACAGUUUGAAGAUCUUGACUCGAUCAAGAAUAAAAAGCUAAGAGAGAGCAGCUCAGGAUGCCAUGAGGGAGCUAGCCGUCCAGUUUCCGAAUGGACUGGCCUUGGCUUCAAGAGAAAGAGUUUCAUGGGCGAUGUCAGCUUACUCAAGAAAUUAAAGAUUAAUGAGACCAGCUCAGCAAGUGGGAACAAUCGCUCUAGCACCAUUCUGAGCACGCCAUUUAAAUGCUGUUACUUGAGUGGCAGUAUGAAGAGGAUGAGGGAAGAUGAAGUGGUUGUAGCUGCAUCUUGCAAGAGGAUCAGUUAUGGCUGUCAUUCUACAUGAUCAGGUUGUACUGUCUCCAUAUGUUUAAUUCACAAGCCAACCACCAAAUGCCAACUUUCAGAUGAGAGAUUGAGGAUUUGAAUUCUUGUAAGUUAUAAAGAUGUAAAUAGAGUUUUCAUUGGAUUCAUGCUUUUUGUGGAGACAGACUUGUAAUAAGCUUAGUUUGCAAUUACAAGCCGACUUGGUUCAUAGUUCCUGAUGUUGACAGUUUUUUUUUCCACAAUAAACAUGGGCCACUUUCUGUAAAUCGAACCCAAAAUUGUAGUAGUUUCUGCAAUUAAAUCUGUAGAGGAGAUGCAAAAAGGAAGCAAUGAGCUGAAAUCACGUUACCUGUAUUCUUUAGAUGCUGAAAUGGAGGCCAAGACCCUUAUGCAAGAUAGAUGGUAGAAGAUAUAACAUAAGACAGUGCAAAAUGAACCGAACUUAGAUCCAUAUCAAAGAGACUACCUCUAAUGGGCUGUUAAGAAAAGCUAAGAAAUUACCCAAGGCUUGAUUUGUAUACUUAAAACAACAUCAGGAACAGCCCGAAGAAAUGACCAUAGCAGACAUGUCAAAUUUGAAACCUGAUUAACAUUCUUUAUCAAACCUGUAUAUCUUUGCACGAACCCCUGUACUGCAAGAGCCCGAAAAUUCAAUGACCUUGAUGCAAAUGUGAAUAAUUUUGUAGAACAAAGUUAUCUAGUGGCUCAGGAAAAAAAA